AACGUUGGGACUUGGCAGCUCGCCUCCCCCUGCCCAAGGAUAUUUAAUUUGCCUCGGGAAUCGCUACUUCCAGAGGGGAACUCAGGAGGGAAGGCGCGCGCGCCUGGAGGGGUAACGCAGAGACCCCUGGCCGCCGCCGCCUGCCUGCGCCGGACUCCAGCCCGGGCGGCGAGAGAUGCAUCUUCGCUCCUUCCCGGCCUCGGCGGCUGAGGGGAGACUUGGCUCUCGGAGGAUCCGGGUUGCACUCACGCCGGACGCACUGCCUCCCCCCAGGGCAUGAAACGCCCGUAAACUCCGAUCGGAGCUAUCUCCUUGGCGCAGCCGCUGCGUCCUCCUUCGGCUGCCCCUCCCCGGCGCGGGGGACGGCGUGGAUUUCGGAGUCGGGGUUUCUGCUGCCUCCAGCCCUGUUUGCAUGUGCGGGGCCGCGGCGAGGAGCCUCCGCCCCCUACCCGGUUGUUUUUCCGCGCCUCCCUCUGCUCGGCGGCGGUGGCGGCGGCACCAUGGCGAGCCCUCCGGAGACCGACGGCUUCUCGGACGUGCGCAAGGUGGGCUACCUGCGCAAACCCAAGAGCAUGCACAAGCGCUUCUUCGUGCUGCGGGCGGCCAGCGAGGCUGGGGGCCCGGCGCGCCUCGAGUACUACGAGAACGAGAAGAAGUGGCGGCACAAGUCGAGCGCCCCCAAACGCUCGAUCCCCCUCGAGAGCUGCUUCAACAUCAACAAGCGGGCGGACUCCAAGAACAAGCACCUGGUGGCCCUCUACACCCGGGACGAGCACUUUGCUAUCGCGGCGGACAGCGAGGCCGAGCAGGACAGCUGGUACCAGGCCCUCCUGCAGCUGCACAACCGUGCCAAGGGCCACCACGACGGGGCCGCGGCCCCUGGGGCGGGAGGCGGAGGGGGCAGCUGCAGCGGCAGCUCUGGCCUCGGCGAGGCAGGGGAGGACUUGAGCUACGGGGACGUGCCCCCAGGACCUGCGUUCAAAGAGGUCUGGCAGGUGAUCCUGAAACCCAAGGGCCUGGGUCAGACAAAGAACCUGAUUGGCAUCUACCGCCUCUGCCUGACCAGCAAGACCAUCAGCUUCGUGAAGCUGAACUCGGAGGCGGCGGCCGUGGUGCUGCAGCUGAUGAACAUCAGGCGCUGUGGCCACUCAGAGAACUUCUUCUUCAUUGAAGUGGGCCGUUCCGCAGUGACGGGACCCGGGGAGUUCUGGAUGCAGGUGGAUGACUCUGUGGUGGCUCAGAACAUGCACGAGACAAUCCUGGAGGCCAUGCGGGCCAUGAGCGAUGAGUUCCGCCCUCGCAGCAAGAGCCAGUCCUCGUCCAACUGCUCCAACCCCAUCAGCGUACCCCUGCGCAGGCACCACCUCAACAACCCCCCGCCCAGCCAGGUGGGGCUGACUCGCCGCUCGCGCACCGAGAGCAUCACCGCCACCUCCCCGGCCAGCAUGGUGGGCGGGAAGCAGGGCUCCUUCCGUGUCCGUGCUUCCAGCGACGGCGAAGGCACUAUGUCCCGUCCAGCUUCGGUGGAUGGCAGUCCUGUGAGUCCUAGCACCAACAGGACCCACGCCCACCGGCAUCGGGGCAGCUCUCGGCUGCACCCCCCUCUCAACCACAGCCGCUCCAUCCCUAUGCCUUCUUCUCGAUGCUCACCUUCGGCCACUAGCCCGGUCAGUCUGUCGUCCAGCAGCACCAGUGGCCACGGCUCCACCUCAGACUGUCUCUUCCCGCGGCGGUCUAGUGCUUCUGUGUCCGGCUCCCCCAGCGAUGGCGGUUUCAUCUCCUCGGAUGAGUAUGGCUCCAGUCCCUGCGAUUUCCGAAGUUCCUUCCGCAGUGUCACCCCAGAUUCCCUGGGCCACACCCCACCGGCCCGGGGUGAGGAGGAGUUGAGCAACUACAUCUGCAUGGGAGGCAAGGGGGCCUCCACCCUCACUGCCCCCAAUGGUCACUACAUUUUGCCUCGGGGUGGCAAUGGUCACCGCUACGUCCCAGGAGCUGGCUUGGGCACGAGUCCAGCCCUGGCUGGAGAUGAAGCAGCCAGUGCUGCAGAUCUGGAUAAUCGGUUCCGAAAGCGGACUCACUCUGCUGGCACAUCUCCUACCAUUUCCCACCAGAAGACCCCAUCCCAGUCCUCUGUGGCUUCCAUUGAGGAAUAUACAGAGAUGAUGCCUGCCUACCCACCAGGAGGUGGCAGUGGAGGCCGACUGCCCGGCUACCGGCACUCGGCCUUUGUGCCCACCCAUUCCUACCCUGAGGAGGGUCUGGAAAUGCACCCUUUGGAGCGUGGUGGGGGCCACCACCGCCCAGACACCUCAACUCUCCACACUGAUGAUGGCUACAUGCCCAUGUCCCCAGGAGUGGCCCCAGUGCCUGGCAGCCGAAAGGGCAGUGGGGACUAUAUGCCUAUGAGCCCCAAGAGCGUGUCUGCCCCGCAGCAAAUCAUCAACCCCAUCAGACGCCAUCCCCAGAGAGUGGACCCCAAUGGCUACAUGAUGAUGUCCCCAAGCGGCAGCUGCUCCCCUGACAUUGGAGGUGGGUCCAGCAGCAGCAGCAGUGCUGCCCCUUCUGGGAGCAGCUAUGGGAAGCUAUGGACAAAUGGUGUAGGGGGCCACUACUCUCACGCCCUCCCACACCCCAAACUACCCAUGGAGAGCAGUGGGAGCAAGCUCUUGUCUUGUACAGGUGACUACAUGAACAUGUCGCCAGUGGGGGACUCCAACACUAGCAGCCCCUCUGACUGCUACUACGGCCCUGAGGACCCCCAGCACAAGCCAGUACUCUCCUACUACUCAUUGCCAAGGUCCUUUAAGCACACCCAGCGCCCUGGGGAGCUGGAGGAGACUGCCCGGCACCAGCACCUCCGCCUUUCCUCCAGCUCUGGUCGCCUUCUCUAUGCUGCAGCAGCAGAAGAUUCCUCUUCCUCCACCAGCAGUGACAGCCUGGGUGGGGGAUACUGUGGGGCUAGAUCCGAGCCCGGCCUCCCACAUCAUCUCCACCAUCAGGUCCUGCAGCCUCAUCUGCCUCGAAAGGUGGACACAGCUGCGCAGACCAACAGCCGCCUUGCUCGGCCCACGAGGCUGUCCCUGGGUGAUCCCAAGGCCAGCACCUUACCUCGGGCCCGAGACCAGCAGCAGCAGCCACCCCUGCUGCACCCUCCGGAGCCCAAGAGCCCAGGGGAAUAUGUGAAUAUUGAAUUUGGGAGUGAUCAGCCAGGCUACUUAUCUGGCCCCAUGGCUCCCCACAGCUCGCCUUCUGUCAGGUGUCCAUCCCAGCUCCAGCCAGCUCCCAGAGAGGAAGAGACUGGCCCUGAAGAAUACAUGAACAUGGACUUGGGGCCGGGCCGGAGGGCAGCCUGGCAGGAGAGCGCUGGGGUCCAGCCUGGCAGAGUAGGCCCUGCGCCUCCUGGGUCUGCUAGCAUGUGCAGGCCUACUCGGGCAGUGCCCAGCAGCCGGGGUGACUACAUGACCAUGCAGAUGGGUUGUCCCCGUCAGAGCUACGUGGACACCUCGCCAGUUGCCCCCAUCAGCUAUGCUGACAUGCGGACGGGCAUUGUUGUGGAGGAGGUGAGCCUUCCCGGGGCCACAGCGGCUGCUCCUUCCUCAACCUCAGCAGCCUCUGCUUCUCCUGCUGCACCUCAAGGGGCAGGGGAGCUGGGGGCCCGCUCUUCCCUGCUGGGGGGCCCGCAGGGACCUGGUGGCAUGAGCGCCUUCACCCGGGUGAACCUCAGCCCCAAUCGCAACCAGAGUGCCAAAGUGAUCCGUGCGGACCCGCAAGGGUGCCGGAGGCGGCAUAGCUCCGAGACCUUCUCCUCGACACCUAGUGCCACCCGGGCGGGCAAUAUGGUGCCCUUCGGAGCGGGGGCUGUGGUGGGGAGCAGCGGUGGUGGCAGCAGCAGCACUGAGGAUGUGAAGCGCCACAGCUCUGCUUCCUUUGAGAACGUGUGGCUGAGGCCUGGGGAGCUCGGGGGAGCCCCCAAGGAGCCAGCCCAAGUGUGCGGGGCUGCUGGGGGUUUGGAGAAUGGUCUUAACUACAUAGAUCUGGAUUUGGUCAAGGACUUCAAACAGCGCCCUCAGGAGCGCCCCUCUCAGCAGCAGCCUCCCCCACCCCCGGCCCCUCAUCAGCCUCUUGGCAGCAGUGAGAGCAGCUCCACCAGCCGCUCCAGUGAGGAUUUAAGCGCCUAUGCCAGCAUCAGUUUCCAGAAGCAGCCAGAGGACCUCCAGUAGCUCAACUGGACAUCACAGCAGAAUGAAGACCUAAAUGACCUCAGCAAAUCCUCCUUUAACUCAUGGGUACCCAGACUCUAAAUAUGUCAUGAUUCACAACCAGGACCUCACAUCUUCCUCCUCAGUAGAUGGUACGAUGCAUCCAUUUCAGUUUGUUUACUUUAUAACAAUCCUCAGGAGUUCGUUGACUGAACUGCACGUUCUAUAUUGUGCCAAGCAAAAAAGCACUGUGACACCAGAACAAUGAGUCUGCAUAAACUUCAUCUUCAACCUUAAGGACUUAGCUGGCCAUGUGAGCUGUUGGGCCCACCACCAUGCCACGAGAGAAUGGGUUCACUCUCAUUGCAUUUACAAGAUACGUUUAUUUCAUCUGCUGCUGAAACUGUGUACGACAAAGCAUCAUUGUAAAUUAUUUCAUUCAAAACUGUUCACGUUGGGUGGAGAGAGUAUUAAAUAUUUAACAUAGGUUUUGAUUUAUAUGUGUAAUUUUUUUAAUUAAAAUGGAACAUUUCUUACAGCACAUCUUUUUUUUGGAUGUGGAACUGAGGUAUACAAUGUUCUGUAAAGAGUGGAGCAGAUGCUUAAAACAAGGCUAACAGGUACAGAUAGGGUACGAACCUUGUUUUAAGAUUGUAAUUCAGAAAAAUAAUAUAAUAAGAAUCCUAGUGCCAUAGAUGGUUCUCAAUUGUAUAGAUUUAUUUGCUGAUACUAUCUCUUGUAAUAUAGCCCUGAUGUUGAGCUGAGAUCCUUACAAGAAUUCAUCUUAAUUUUGUAUUUUUCCUGUAAGGCAAUAGGCCAUAUUAAUUAAACUGAAGAAGGAUAUAUUCUACUGGGUGUUUUCAAGUGUCAGCUUAAAAUUGGCAAUUGAAUGGAAGCAAAAUUGUAAGAAAAGGAGAUCAAAGUCUUCCAUUGUAUAUACUGUAAAGAGGAGGAGACAUGGUGAUUCCUUCAAAUCAAAAGCUCUCUUUGGAAUGAACAAUGUGGGUGUUUGUAAAUUCUGGAAAUUUCUUUCUAUUCAUAAUAAACUAGAGACUGUUGAUCUUUUCUUCUCCCCCUCCCCCGACUUCUGUAAGCUUCCUGAUCCAUUACCACCAUUUUUUUCUGUGCACACAUUAGGUUAUUUCAUUUCCUGCAUUGUCUCAAGAAAGAUGCUAAGACAAGUGAGUACUUGUCUUUAAUUUCUAACCAGAAAUUAAAAUUCCAGACAGUGUUUUUCAUCAUGACCAGGGCUACACGUCACUUUCCUUAAGACUCUUAUCUCAUGUUUUUGGAAAACUUCCGGUGUUAGAAUAUUAACCCAAUGUGAUUUGGUCCAUUUGUCCUGGUGGGUACUGACCUAUUAGUGACUCAUUAAUAAAACCCAGUGUACAGAGAGCACAUCAAAGCAUAAUGACCUGUUAUGGAAACAUCUAGCCAGCAGUGAAAAUGUUAAUCCUUUUCUUGUUUGGACAGUACACACACGUUGGAAUUUUUCCUUGUGAAAAAGAAAUGGCAAUGAACAUACUAACAGAUAUUGCCUAGAGUUUUUCAUCUUUUUACCAGGAAACUUCCUAAAGGUUAAGUGAAUUAAUGCCAAUAUCAGGCUCCCUCAGAGUCUGCAUAAAUUUGCUAUCAGGAAUUUCCAGCCCUACUGUUGAGAGGAGCAACAUUUUAUUUCCCUGAAGGGUUGAGCUCCCUGGGUGGGGGAGGAGUUUCAAGGAAAGGGGCCAGGGUUGGGGGACAUCGCAGUGGCUGCUGCCCCUCAUCAACUGUUCGGGGACCCCUGCUCUACUCAAAAGGGAGUGGAAAUCAAUGGAACCCCUCAACCUGCUGGGGCCUGUGCUACUGUUAAUGCAACUGGGUGGCAAGUACCUCACAGACUGUUGUACGAUGUUCAUUGUUGCAGAUCCUAACCAUUUGCAUGCUCAUCAAUUUCUAAGAUAAAUAGGUCUGUAGUCAUAAGAGUCCAUUGUUUUCAAGGCACUGGCUGAAUUACAUCAUUUCCUACUAGGAGAGAACACUACCAAUUUAAAAAAUCUGAUAUGAAAGUUGUUUUUUUUACUCCUUUAUAAAAAGGCUUUCUUGGUCAAAUUCACUUUCAUUUUUCAAGUAUUCUGACUCAUACUUUUGCUAGUGUAGAAAGAAAGCAAACUUCCUGCUCUCUUCCAUUGAGGACAUAAGUAAAGAGAAAUGAAUGAAAAAAGUCAGCCCCAACCAUUUUCCUGUAAAACUGGUUAUUAUUUCUCAAGGAACGUAAUCUUUGAAUAUGUAUUACCGAGAUACCUCUGCAUGUGGAAUUAUCAACAUAUUUUGAGUGAGAACGGAGGUGACAGACUGGAAAAGCCAUCGCUUGGUUUCUAGUUCUCUAAUGUUUUGUUCAGUCCAAUAACACAGGGAGAAAUUCUUAUUUAAGCUGCUUCUAGUGGUCCCUGAGCUGGGUUUGGUGGUGGUAUCAAAUUUUACUGAUUUAAAACUGGAAGUUGCUGAUAUUUAAGGCAAAAACUCAUGGUCUGGCUGCCUGAGGAGUUGACCUUGAGCAACAUCAGCUGCUAAGUCCUCGUGUUCAUUUCCUAUUGAGGAGUGCUGGCUUUUAUCCAUUUCAAAGUAUUUGUACCCGCCAAGGGCUUACAUUACUGGGGCUUCUAGUGACCUCUGGUUAACCUGUAAGUUAGUGGUUUUUUCUUCAUGAGACCAACCUUUCACAGUGUUCUUUCUUGGAGACUUAGGCAGAGUUUUAAAACUCUCCUUUGUGGAAAGAACAAAUAGAUUUCAUGACUUUGAUGAUAUCUUCAUUCUGGGGAAAAAAAAAAAAAGGUCCUAGAACCAGCUAGAAGUGAAGAGAAUCCAUUAAUGAUCAACCACCUGAGUCAAUAAUGACAAUUCAGUACUGAUGUUACCUUUGUGGCUAUUUCUUGCUAACUUUCAAAGGUCAAGGACUCUCUUGACUAAUCUAGGUUGACUGUAAAAAUGGAUUUACUAAAAAUCAUCUAGCCAGAAGUAGAGAUUUUUAAUUUUUCUUUCCUUGACUAUUAUCUCCUAGUUGUCUUUUAAAUUUGAAAAACUUAAAGUAUUGAGACAAUUUUACUCUACUGUAAGAAACACUAGUUUACAAAACUGAAGCCCCAUUUUGUUCAAUCUUGCAUCCUGAGUGCUAUAUGCCAGGUAGUUGAAAACUUUAAUUUUGUUUACUGCAGGUGGUUUAAAAAUGGGGGGAGGUGAGCUCACUGUCCACUGACAAAAGAGCCGUGAAAAAUGGGAGAGACGUGAAGGGCUCUGACUGCUUUGGGAGAGCUCGGUAGGUAGCCCAUCACACAAGUUGGUGCGGAAACCAGAGACACUGGGAAUCAAGACCUUGAUUGGAGAGCGACAGGACCCUUUGGAAGGCAUGCCAAGGAGAAUGGAUGGAAGCCAAAUACGAAAUUGCUUCUUUGCAAUGACUUGACAGGGGAGUUAGUAUUCCUGGGAUGUUGUGUCUGUUCGUUGGAGGCAAUGCUGCAUUCAUAUAGGCUGCUGAAAAAUUUGAGGGGAAGAAGCAUGCACUUCUAGGGAUGUUAGGAAAUGUGACCUUGCCAAUACUAAGAGAAAGACCUCCAGUCUGUGAACUUAGUUAUGGAGAGCAAAAAUAGCUUUCUUGCAGUCAGUGGAACAUCAAAGGUUAAACACUGGUGCCUUUUGGUCAUUUCCAAAGCCAAGCCAGAAAAGAUCUUGGAGGUCCUUCCAUAGCUCUGUAAAUCAGUCUCCUGUGAGUGGAUAGAGAAGGUGCAGGUCAGUUGGCAUGAUGGGUGGCCCCCACUGCUUGUAAUGAGAGCAUCACCUGAGGUGCUUGGAGGAGGUAGAAUGAUACUGAAAGUGUUUGACCCUAUUCUUAAGUAAUUUAUCAGUAAUAAAGAGCUUAUAAUUAGCUAAUAAGAUUAGAAAACGUGUGAUGUAGCUGGAGAGUUGUCUUCCUUUCCUAGUUUGAUGACUUGGUAUUUGUGAUAUAUACACCAAGAGAACUGGUGUUUUAGACUUCAGCUGGCCUUUAAAUCUCUCUCUUUGCUUCUGUUGUUAAUUUCCCCAGUGUUAACCAAAAUACCACAUGAUAGGACAAAUUCAGUGAACAGGACAACUUGUCUGUAUUUGUAUAGACAUCUUUAGUGCUGUUGUUUUUCCUUUUUCGAGCUUUGCUAUUGGCUUAGGAAUGUAGUUCCCAGAACAAUUUUUCUUACAAGGUUCUUUCCUUACACCUCUUGGCUACAGGGUGGGCCAAAUGAAAUACGUAUAUAUUUUUUCCUUUAAUGUAUGUGCAGUUUGGUUUAUCAUCUUGAGAUGGUGGUGCUGCUCAUGGUGCUACUUCAUCUGUGUACAAAAGGACCAAUGCAUGGUCUGUAUUGCUACCAAAACAUUUAUUGUAUAUAUGUGUAUAACAUAUGUAUUAUGUAUAUAUGUACUGGGUACCAGGCCAGGUAUAUAUUUUUAUUUAGAAGUGUUUCACUUUUCCAAGUUUUCUUUGUAGUGUUAUGCUUAUUUUCAGUUUUUUCUCCCCCCAAUUCUGUCUGGUACUUAGAACUGUAGUGUCUUCAUCGUUAAUUAAAGAAAACUGUCUAAAUGAA